GGCCGGGGCUAUAAGCGGCCGCGGGUGCCCACCCUGGAAGUGAGAGUCUGAGCGAGGAAGAGACAGCGCUGGAACCCAUGGACACGUCGUACCCCCGCGAGGACCCCCGGGCCCCGACGCCCCACAAGGCCGACAGCACCGGCCACACGGCCCUCACGCUGGGGGUGCCGCGACCUCCGCCUCGGGACCACUUGAUCUGGUCGGUCUUCAGCACCCUGUACCUGAACCUGUGCUGCCUCGGCUUCCUGGCGCUGGCCUACUCCAUUAAGGCCCGAGACCAGAAGGUGGCUGGGGAUCUGGAGGCGGCCCGGCGUUUGGGCUCCAGAGCCAAGUGCUACAACAUCCUGGCUGUGAUGUGGACACUAGUGCCACCUCUGCUGCUCCUGGGGCUGGUGGUGACUGGCGCCCUGCACCUGUCCCGGCUGGCCAAGGACUCUGCAGCUUUCUUCAGCACCAAGUUCGAUGACACAGACUAUGACUGACAGGCUGGGUUCUGACCCUGUCCUCACCAGGGGACCCGGAGCCAAGGACACUGACAACAGGGUGCUGACCCUGGGGCUCAACAUUGACCCUCUAGGGUCUUCAUCCCCACCUCAUCCUGACCCUGGGGCCUCCCAGCCCCAACCUGGGCACCUAAUGAUGAUCCUUUCAAAUCCCAGGGGCCUUACCCUAACCUUGAGGGUCCCCAGCCUCUAACUCUGCCCCCACCUGACCCUCCCCCCCUCACUCAAACAGGCUCAGCCUCAGUUUCGCAAUUAAAGGUGCCUGUUUCCAGAAA